AAAUAAAAUGGCAAUAAAAUAAAAUUGAAUGUUUCCUAAAGAUAGAACCUGCCAACAACCUUAGUUCCCUUUAGUUCCCUUUUGCUUCACUCCUCCAAACUGCUGUUGUGAAAAGCCCAUAGUGCCAGCUGCUCUGCAGUUUUCUGUGGUGUUAGCACAUGCAGCCUCUGUGCUUCCCCUGUUCUGCAGUGCCCUUCUGUGUCACAGACUCUGUUUCUGUGAUGAUUGCUUCUUUCAGCCCCAGGGCCUUAGCAGGAGAUUGAUGCUUGAAGGACUGUGGCCAUAGCACAACAAUGUUGCAAGUUCUUAUUCUCAUUUCCUGUCCUUAAACUGGCAAUAUUUACUUAUUGGCAAACACAUUGCCUCCAAGCUUUUUGUUGGAGAGUGUAAAUACUGGUUUGUGUGGUUUUGAGUUUGGCCCUCACCGUUGCUGGGUGGUUUUGGUUGGUUGUUUUGGUUUUGGACAGGGAUAUUUGGAGUGAGACAUUUGGGCUUUCUUAACCUAUGUGGUCAGCCUUGGCUUGUUCAGUGUUCAUGAAACAAGUUCUGUAAUGGAAAACACCUCAGGGUACAGCACAUCUAUAAAACCUUAUCACUGAAUCAAGCAGGGGGUCCUACUGAAGGACAGAACAUAAAUUAGUCAUUUAAAAUAUUUGUAAAUAUACAUCAGCUCAGGGUGUCUUUACUUUGAGAAUGACCUAAAAAUGGCAUCUUUCCACUUACUGGAUUUGCUGUUAUCUAUUCAGUUACUGCCACUUUUUGCUUUUGUUUUGCAGGAGAAGCUGAAUGAAAAAUGGCAGGGGAUGAGAAAGAUCCUGGGGUUUGUGUGUUUUCCCCUAAAAGUAGGCAUGCUCUGAUCUAGAAUUAGUCUCACAAGAUGCAUGCAGGAAACAAUUGCAGAACAUUUUUUGCCAGCAGUGGGUAGAACCUUGCUCGAGACUUUGUGGAAAUAGUAGUUUUAAAACCCCUUCAGAUGAAAUUGUCACAUUUGAUACAACAUUCUGGAAACCAUGAACAUUCCUAUGCCAUUUUUAGUCAUUGUCAGAGAUAAGAUAGAGUAUAAUGCAGAACUUUUCAGAACCUGCUUUUGAAAUAACUGGUUUUGUCCUGUCUUCAUACUACUGAAAUAUUUCAGUGUGUCAGUGAGUGUUGCCAUUUACUGCUGCUUCCCAGCAGGAAGUCCAGUCUGCUGACAUAAUUAAUGAAAAAGGGAAUCCCCAAAAGGAGAGCAGUGCAUGAAAGAGGCUGGAGACCUUUACAGUUUUUUGAAGGGAGGUGCAAGCAAGCCAGCGCUCUGUGGCCAUAAUUGCUGAGAUGAUCCAUACAGCCAGUCUAGUUCAUGAUGAUGUCAUUGAUGAUGCAAAUUCUCGCAGAGGAAAAAGGACACUUAAUCAAAUCUGGGGAGAGAGGAAAGCUGUUCUAGCUGGUGACUUCAUCCUCUCAGCUGCUUCUGUAGCUUUAGCACGAAUUGGAAAUACCACUAUCAUCUCUGUUCUGACUCAGGUGAUUGAAGAUCUGGUGCGUGGUGAAUUCCUCCAGCUGGGUUCCAAGGAAAACGAGAAUGAGAGAUUUGCUCACUACCUCGAGAAGACUUUUAAGAAGACGGCGAGUCUGAUAGCAAACAGUUGUAAAGCAGUUUCAAUUCUAGGCUGCCCUGAUCCCAAAGUUCAUGAGAUUGCAUACCAGUAUGGAAAAAACGUUGGCAUAGCUUUUCAGUUGAUAGAUGAUGUGCUGGAUUUUACAUCGUGUGCUGACCACCUGGGGAAACCAACAGCAGCAGAUCUCAAGCUUGGAUUAGCCACAGGCCCUGUCUUAUUUGCCUGUCGACAGUUUCCAGAAAUGAAUGCUAUGAUAAUGAGGAGAUUCAGUAAGCCAGGAGAUGUUGAGCGUGCAUGGAAGUAUGUGUUGCAGAGUGAUGGUGUGCAGCAAACCACCUACCUCGCCCAGCGCUACUGCCACGCGGCCACGCGCGAGAUCCGCAAGCUGCGCCCGUCCCCCGAGAGAGAGGCCCUGGUGCACCUGACAGAAAUGGUUCUCAUGCGGGACAAGUGAGACAGCUCCUUCCACUCCUUCUGGCAGCUACUUUACCAGACUGUGCCUACAUUUAUUUCAAAAGUUACUUGCUUCCAACACAAGCCACCAAAAAUUAUUUUUUUAAAAAAACCUCCUUUUUUUUUUUUUUUUUGAAGUUUUACUUUACUUUCUUUUUUUUUAACUAAAGUUUAAAGUGUUUUACUGAAGGACGCCAUGCAAUUCAGAGCAAAUCAAACUGUGCUGUACAAUUGUUUUAGUGGGGGCUAUUGAUUGUGGGGGAUGGGGAAGAUGUUUACAUGUUGAUGCACAAAGGCCACAAUGAAAAUAAAUAUAAAUCAGUGUAUGAAAACUGAAGCUGUU